AUGAAGGCGUUGGAGGGCAUUGCCGAGGAGGACACCGAACGAGAAGUUAACAUCUUGCAAGAUGGUCAGAGCGUUUCUCCAUCUGCAAGGACUCGUUCGCAGAUGGCGAAGCAAUUCAUUGAGAAUCAGCUUAAGGAAAGGCUUCGAAAUGUGGCAGAGCGGCAUGCCAGGCGCCGCGCUCUGGAAGCUGUGCUGCAGGGCGAAAAUUUGUCCGAUGUCAAGAAGAUAGAAUUACGAAAUGCGCUGGAGAGGAGGGAAAGCGAUUAUACGCGCCUGCAGCGUCAAAAAAUGACAGUGGAUGAUUUUGAGCUGCUGCAGAUCAUUGGGCGGGGUGCAUUCGGGGAGGUCUGGCUUGUGCGCGAGCGGUUGACGAAGAAACUGAUGGCGAUGAAGAAGCUCAAGAAGGCGGACAUGCUGAGGCAAGGCAAGGUCGAGCACGUGAAGGCGGAGCGUAACAUCAUGGCUAUCCUUCAGGACCCCUACGUCGUGAAGCUCUACUAUUCAUUCCUGGACGAGGAGUGUCUAUACCUGGUGAUGGAGUACCUGGCCGGCGGGGACGUCAUGACCUUGUUGAUUCGGAAAGAUAUCCUAUCGGAGGAGGAGGCCCGCUUCUACAUUGCCGAGACGAUUUCGGGUCUCGAGGCCAUUCAUAAAGCGGGGUACAUCCACAGGGAUUUGAAGCCGGACAACCUGCUGUUGACCCACAAGGGCCACCUGAAACUGUCGGAUUUUGGACUCUGUAAGCCGCUGCCGGCUUGCACUCUCAGCUUUGUCCGUUCUAGACAGCAGCAAGAGUUGGCGCUGUCCACACAGACGGCGAAUGACCCUGAGCGACUGACUCAUUGGCGCCAGAACCGCAGGCAAUUGGCCUUUUCUAAAGUGGGCACUCCGGACUACAUGGCGCCCGAGGUCAUCCUCCAACGCGGGUACGGCAAGGAGUGCGACUGGUGGUCCGUAGGCGCUAUCUUGUACGAGAUGCUUGUCGGAUAUGCGCCGUUUUACAGCGAGCAGGCGCACGUCACGGAGUGCAUGAUAGUCAAUUGGCGAAAGUAUCUACGGUUUCCCGUGGAGGCCCGGUUGUCGCCCGCGGCUCGUGACCUCAUCUGUCGGCUGAUGUGCGACGUGGAGGACCGCAUCGGCACGCGCGGCGGGGUGGAGGAGAUCAAGAGCCACCCCUUCUUCCAAGGAAUGGACUGGGCUAACCUGCACAAGCAGACGCCGCCCUAUGUGCCAAGGGUGGAUCACGAGCUGGACUUGCAGAACUUCGACAAAUUUGACGUUGAAGCGACUAACGGCCCCAGCGGCAUGGGAGCAGGCGGCUCGGGGCGUGGCACCAAGGGCUUAACCACCGCGGGCCUGCAUUUCAUCGGCUACAACUACAAGAGUUGGGAGGCUGUGGCGCCAGCAAGUAGGACGGUGUCUCGUGUGUAUACGUGGCUCGGGGUCGCGGGGCCAGGCUAG